GCCCAUUUGAAGGCCCUUCUUCUCACUAAGUUCGCCGUCGCCGUCUAUAUCGGAGAAUUGUUCUAUCCUGUAGCAUUUUCCGGUGGUGGUAACCGGCGGAGGUUACUGUUCUUUUGAUUACUGUUGGAGGAUUUGACAUUUAAUCAUGUCAAACUUUGCUAAACCUGAGAAUGCUUUGAAGAGAGCAGAAGAGUUGAUCAAUGUUGGGCAAAAGCAGGAUGCUUUGCAAGCUCUUCAUGAUUUGAUAACCUCAAAGAGACACCGAGCAUGGCAGAAAACACUUGAAAGGAUUAUGUUCAAGUAUGUAGAGCUUUGUGUUGACAUGAGAAGGGGUAGAUUUGCCAAGGAUGGUCUAAUUCAGUAUCGUAUAGUAUGCCAACAAGUUAAUGUGAAUUCACUGGAGGAAGUGAUCAAGCACUUCAUGCACCUAUCCACUGAGAGGGCAGAGAAUGCAAGGAAUCAAGCUCAAGCCCUUGAAGAAGCUUUAGAUGUUGAUGAUCUUGAAGCUGAUAAAAGACCUGAGGAUCUUAUGUUAAGCUUUGUUAGUGGUGAGAAAGGAAAAGAUAGAUCUGAUCGUGAGCUUGUUACACCAUGGUUCAAAUUCUUGUGGGAGACAUAUAGAACAGUCCUUGAAAUCUUGAGGAACAACUCAAAACUGGAGAGCCUUUAUGCGAUGACUGCACACCGAGCCUUCCAGUUCUGCAAGCAAUACAAACGUACUACAGAAUUCCGCAGGCUGUGUGAAAUCAUUAGGAAUCAUCUUGCAAACCUUAACAAAUAUAGGGAUCAAAGAGAUCGUCCUGAUAUUACUGCACCUGAAAGCUUGCAGCUUUAUCUCGAUACAAGAUUUGAGCAAUUGAAAGUUGCAACUGAGCUUGAGCUUUGGCAGGAAGCUUUUCGCACCGUGGAAGACAUUCAUGGAUUGAUGUGCAUGGUUAAAAAAACUCCAAAGCCAUCUCUUAUGGUUGUUUACUAUGCAAAGCUAACAGAAAUUUUCUGGGUCUCUUCCAGCCAUCUCUACAAUGCUUAUGCAUGGUUUAAGCUUUUUUCUCUCCAGAAAAGCUUUAACAAGAAUCUGAGUCAGAAGGAUUUACAGUUAAUAGCAUCUUCAGUUGUUUUAGGAGCAUUGUCAGUUUCCCCAUAUGAUAAUUCCCAUGUUGCUUCUCAUCUGUUGCUUGAAUAUGAGAAAGAAAGGAACUCAAGGAUGGCUAAUCUCAUUGGUUUUUCUGUUGAUCCCAAGCUUGAGAACAGAGAAGUGCUUUCUCGGUCAGCUCUUCUCUCAGAACUGGCUUCUAAAGGUAUAAUGAACUGUGUUCCCCAAGAAGUAAAGGAUCUAUACAAUCUUUUGGAGCUCGAGUUUUUUCCCCUCGAUCUUGCUUCAAGGGUGCAACCUUUGUUGGUUAAAAUAUCAAAACUUGGGGGUAAGCUGUCUUCAGCUUCUUCUGUACCCGAAGUUCAUCUUUCCCAGUAUAUUCCUUCAUUGGAACGACUGGCGACUCUGAGGAUUCUUCAGCAGGUCUCUAAGGUCUAUCAAACAGUGAAAAUUGAGAAUCUAUCUCGUAUGAUUCCUUUCCAUGAUUUUUCUACUGUGGAAAAAAUUGCGGUGGAUGCUGUCAAUAGCAAUUUCUUAUCCUUGAAGGUUGAUUACAUGAAGGGAAUUGUCAUAUUUGGCCACUUGGGUCUUGAAUCCAGUGAAUUGCGGGAUCAUCUGACAAACUUUACUGAAUCACUAAAUAAAUCAAGAACAAUGAUAUAUCCUCCUGCAAAGAAAACAUCUAAACUAGGUGAUAUAUUGCCCGGGUUGUUGGAGACUGUUGAAAAGGAACACAAAAGACUUCUCGCAAGAAAAUCAAUAAUCGAGAAGCGCAAGGAAGAGCAAGAACGUCAACUGUUGGAAGUGGAGCGAAAAGAGGAGCUAAAAAGACUUGAGGUUCAGAAAAUAACCGAAGAUGCAGAACAGAGAAGGCUUGCUGCAGAAUUCGAACAGAGGAGAAACCAAAAACUUAAAGAGAUAGAAGAUCGUGAAAUGGAAGAUGUGAGAGCUAUGCUUGAAGAUGCAGAUAAACGUGGCAAGAAGAAAGGAAAGAAACCACUUAUUGAGGGGAAAGUAACGAAACAAAGUCUGAUGGAGUUAGCUUUAACCGAGCAACUUCGAGAGAGGCAGGAAAUGGAAAAGAAACUGCAGAAAUUAGCCAAGACCAUGGAUUAUUUGGAGAGGGCUAAAAGGGAAGAAGCAUCUCCUUUGAUUGAAGCUGCUUUUCAAUCUCGGCUUGUGGAAGAACGUGAACUCCAUGAACGCCAGCAGCAGGUUCAGGUUGAAAUUAGCCGACAACGACAUGAUGGAGACCGUGCUGAGAAGAACAGGCUUACUAAGUUGUAUGAGCACAAGGUACAAUUCCAGGAGAAGGUAACAAAAACCAGGCAAGAAGAAUACAGUAAACUGAAGGCUGAAAGUGAGGAAAGAAUUGCUGAAAUUCUUCAGCAGAGGAGACAAGAGAGGGAAUAUAAGAGGAAGGUUUUGUUUUAUAUUGAUCAAGAGGAGGAGCGUCUGAGGAAGGUUCGGGAAGAGGAGGAAGCUCGUAAACUUGAAGAGGAGACGAGGAAAAAGAAAGAGGAAGCAGAGAGGAGGGCUAAGUUGGAUGAGAUUGCUGAAAAGCAGCGUCAAAGAGAGAAAGAACUGGAGGAGAAAGAGCGGGUCAGGAGGGAAAACAUCUUUCGUAGACCGGCAGAUGAGCCAAUUAGGCCAUCUGUUGAUGUUCCUGGAGAUGCAACUGCUCAGGUGGAACCCUCUCCUGCUGUAGCUGCUCCGGCUGCUGCAGCUGCUGCUGCUGCUCCGGCAGGAGGGAAGUAUGUUCCUCGGUUUAGACUCUCAAAACCUGAUGGUGAUGGUCAGGCUCCUCCUCCUGCGGCUGGUGGUGGCCGGUGGGGAAGUGGUGCUAACCGAGAUGAGAGAAGGGAUAGUGACCGAAGGGGUUAUGGUUCUACUGGCGCAAGCUCGGGUGCUUCUAAGUGGAGGUCUUAGGGUUUUGGUUGGAGUUCUUUGGAUUUGUGGUUUGGUUUCUAUCAUUUUGCAAUAGAGGGUUGAAAGAUUUUAUUGCUUGAUGCGGAUUUUAUGUUUACAGAUAUUGUUCUUAAUUUACAAGAACUGAAAUUCUAGUUUUGAUUGAGGAUCAUCAAAAUAAACUAUUCUAAAUUUCAUAAUAAUGAUCACA